GUUAAUCUUCACCAAAAUUAGCCUUAAUCCGUUAUUCCCUCUCUGAAUUUUCCCGGGGAAAAAUUUACCAUCUCUCUCUCAAAGUAGUAUUCUUUUGGGUCAAUUUUACCAUCGUGACAUCCAUGUUCUUCUUCUGAAUAUUACGGAAAUCUGGAUUCAAAACGGAGAACUUGUAAUUUUCCGACAAAACAGAGAGAAAGUUAUGUUUUUUCCCUACAGAUGACGCACAUUUUGAUUCCGGUGACGAAGACAACCAAGGAAGAAGACCGUUUUUGAUUCAAUCACAUCUACAAAAAUGGGUUUUCUGCGUUGUCUCUUCAGAUCUCGGAGCUUCAUUAUUUUGAUCCUCGCUCUGUUUUUCACCAUUCAUAGCUUCCUCCUCGUCGAAUCACAAGAACCACCUCUGACUCCACAAUCUCCUCCGCCGCCUCCCCCGCCACCACCUCCACCUCCUCCUCCACCGCCACCGCCACCUGUCAAUGGGACCGUUGAACAAGGCAUUUCUCCAUCGCCUCCUCCUCCAGUCAGAGAGACAAUCGAGCCUGUGUCUUCUCCACCGCCACCUGGACCACCACCGAGGUCGCAAUCCCCUCCCCCAAAGAAUAAUCAUUCACGGCGGUUUCCGCCUCCCCCUCGGCCUCCGGAGAAACCAAAGAGAGGUGGAUUAAACAAAGGGAAGACUGUGGGACUAGUCUUUGUUGGGUUAGUUGCAAUGUUGCAGGUCUUUGUUGUUGUCUUCUUGGUAUUCAAGAGAAACCAGCUUCUCAACUUGAAAGACACUAAUUGAGAAGAUUCUAACCAUUUCUGGAUUGACGUUAACUACUCUUUCGUUCGUUUGAGGUCAUCUAUUAGAGUGAUGAUUAGAAAGGAGAAUGUAUUAGGAGGAAACAAAAAAGUGCAAUUGUUUUAACUCUCUCAUGUAAAAUUGUUUCUGAAAUCUCAUGUGUUUG